GCUGUUAGCUGCCUGUGAGAGUCAGUCUGAGAGGCUGCCCUUCAACCGGUGUCCUAUUGUCUAACAGUGUGUGACAGCGGAGACAGACCGAGCAGACAUUUUAUGAAUAAGCAUCAGAAGCCAGUGCUAACGGGCCAGAGGUUUAAAACCAGAAAGAGGGAUGAAAAAGAGAAAUUCGAACCUACAGUAUUUAGGGAUACCAUUGUCCAGGGACUUAAUGAAGCAGGCAGUGAUUUGGAGGCAGUAGCAAAGUUUUUGGACUCAACUGGAUCGAGAUUGGAUUAUCGCCGUUAUGCCGACACUUUGUUUGAUAUCCUGAUUGCAGGGAGCAUGCUCGCUCCAGGAGGUACACGUAUAGAUGAUGGAGAUAAAACCAAGGUGACCAAUUACUGUGUCUUCUCUGCAAAUGACGAUUAUGAGGCCAUGCGUAAUUAUGCUCAGGUUUUGAGCAAACUGAUCCGAAGAUACAAAUAUUUGGAGAAAGCUUUUGAAGAUGAAAUUAAAAAGCUUCUCCUGUUUCUUAAAGCAUUUUCUGAAGCUGAGCAAACAAAGUUGGCUGUCCUUACUGGCAUCUUAUUAGCCGGUGGAACUCUCCCAGCAAUUAUUUUAACAAGCCUGUUUACUGAAAACAUUGUCAAGGAAGGAAUUUCUGCAUCAUUUGCUGUAAAACUGUUUAAGGCAUGGAUGGCUGAAAAAGAUGCUAGCUCGGUGACAUCUGCUCUAAGAAAAGCAAAUCUUGACAAGAGAUUGCUAGAGCUAUUCCCAGCAAAUAGGCAAAAUGUUGACCAUUUUGCCAAGUAUUUCACCGAUGCGGGUCUGAAGGAACUAUCUGAUUUUAUAAGAGUUCAACAAUCUCUCGGAACACGCAAAGAGCUUCAAAAAGAAUUACAGGAACGUCUGUCUCAGGAGUGCCCCAUUAAAGAGGUAGUGGUAUAUGUAAAAGAAGAAAUGAAGAGAAAUGAAUUACCAGAAACCGCAGUGAUUGGACUCCUGUGGACUUGCAUCAUGAAUGCGGUAGAAUGGAACAAAAAAGAAGAACUAGUUGCAGAGCAGGCCCUCAAACACUUGAAGCAAUAUGCACCUUUGUUGGCAGUAUUUAGCACGCAAGGUCAGUCUGAGCUGAUUCUCCUACAGAAGGUGCAAGAAUACUGUUAUGACAAUAUCCACUUCAUGAAGGCCUUUCAGAAGAUUGUAGUACUUUUUUAUAAAGCCGAUGUCCUGGGAGAGGAAGCAAUUUUAAAAUGGUAUAAAGAGGCACAUGUUGCUAAAGGGAAAAGUGUCUUCCUUGACCAGAUGAAGAAAUUUGUUGAAUGGCUGCAGAAUGCAGAAGAAGAAUCAGAGUCUGAAGGAGAAGAAAACUAGGACCAUUAAAAACAAAACAAAAAGCACAAGUUCAGGUCUCUUGGAAAUUAUUGUAUCCAGAUAAGAGGGGCCUUCACAAAAAAUAUUGCCUAGCAUUUCCCUACAUAUAUAGGAAAAGCCGUUUUAAUUGGAGCACAAAGCUCCUCUGUUGGAACUCUACCUCGGUCUUUGCAUACACAAAAUUUUGCAAAUCCAUGCAGUCAGGAGUCAGAGGAAGAACAAAACAAAUGUAAUUUCUGUGGACUCCUUUCUUAAAUAGCCUUCUCAAGUAUCAUGUCAACAAAAGGCCUACUUUCUAGUGUACAGUAUUUUAGUUUGGAAUUGUCGCUCAGUAUCUGGCUGUGUAAGUGAAGUGACAUGAACACAUGGUUUGUGUUUUUUCCCUUUAGAAUAAAGGCUUUUAAACUUGG